AUGGCACUAGUCCCCACCCAGUACCAACAACAAACACCACAAGGGAAUAUACUGGGUGCUGGUGACUCUGACGAUGAUCCUGGUUACCUCAGCGAAUCGUCUGGAGAGCUCCAGAAUAACGCUAGGCUGGUUCAAUACCCUGCAGACUGGCAACCUGCUUUGAUCCGAGAGGCAGACUUAGACAUCAUUAUUGCCUUCAUUGAGAGUAACACUACCCAAAACGCCGCACCAAAACCACAGUCCACAGAUACGCCUGACCAAGAGCAGGUUCUGUUGAAAGAGGGAGGCGAUGACCAGCCAGGCGCUGAUAACAUAGACAUAACAGCUGCCUCGGUACAACAAUCGGAUCAAGGGGAUAUUGAACAAUCGCUUCAGAAUCGUCCACCAUCUGCAUCAGAUGAUCCACAUCCAGUCGAAGAUACUGAGGAAACGCAAGAGGUUGCCAAGGCUAGCACGUCGAGCAAUGCACAACCAAUGACGCCUACGAAAGAGACCUCAAACCUGCAUAAAAGGGAUACACCAAGAGGUAAGAAAAAUCUUACACGCAGAUGGAAAGAGCAUCAGACACUAAAAACGAGUAGUAGUUCCGACUCGGACACUGAAGCUAGGCGACAUGAGCUUCGGAAGUAUCAGCAGGAAUCGUUAGCGAUUGGAGGAAGAGCAACAAUGGAAGAAUUUUUAGUGUUGCAACAGGACCUGGAGCAGUACUACGCAGGACUUAAGUUCACCGAAGGUGGUGAUGGACAUGUACCAGAGGUCGGACCUAGCGGAGAACAGCAGCCGGUGGCAGCCUCUCAAGGAAAUCAGAGAAGUCAAGCAACUGACCUGGCCACUGCAGAUGUACCUCAAGCGGAGCGUGAUGAAAGUUCAGCGUCCACGGACACAAGACAGCCGAAAGAGACGUGUGAACCUGUAGUCAGAGAGCAGAACUGCAACGAGGUCGCAGCCAGGCAACAGAUACUGAUGCUUGAACAGCACGAUCGGCUCCCUUGUCGUCGGGCCAAAGUCACGGACAUCGGCCACAGCCUGUCGUCGCUCCUGCUUGAUCAGCUGCAUCAGCAGCAGCAGCAGCAGCAACAACAGCAGCAAGACUUCCGUUACGCCGUCCCGGGUGUCAGGGCUCUGGGGCCAGCCUUCGAGAAGCCACUCCAGCUCGACUGA